AUGACCGACGCAAAGGCCGUACGUCGCUAUAACGCCGGUGUCGAAAGAGCACUAGGCCUGUGGGAUGCCACCAAUGAGUGGGCUGACUACAUUGCAUUCCUCAGCCGCCUAGCGAAGGCGCUGCAGGCUUCUCCCACUGAUGCCGAAGUCCCAUUCAAGCCAACUCUCGCCAAAUACCUUGCGCUAUGCCUGAAGCCGUCCUUGCCGUCGGGCGUGCAUCAGAAGGCGCUGGAAGUCUACAGUUUGGUCUUCACUCUGCUGGGGACCGAGCGACUGUCUCAGGACCUGCCAAUCUGGCUUCCUGGAGUAUUGCAUACCCUUACGUUUGCUGCUUUGACCACGAGACCCUUGUUCCUCUCGCUUUACGAUGAUCACCUCCUCAAGCUCUCCAGUCGUGCAUUGCGGCCGGCACUAAGGGCCAUCAUCUUGUCUCUGCUGCCAGGGAUCGAGGAGGAGCAUAGCGAAGAUUUUGACCGAACCCUGAGCACCAUCAACCGCGUACGACAGAGCUUUGCCGAAGAUGGAACUGAAGAAUUCUUCUGGCAGAGCCUGUUCCUGGCCUCCACCACAAGUACGUCGAAGCGACCAGGCGCCUUGGUCUACUUGACCCGGGAACUUCCCAGCUUAGGUUCAGCUGCGAGCCCAUCGUCGGAUGGCGACGUCAGCAGUGGGCGACAGGAGGCGAUGCAUGAGGCAAUUUGGGCUGUGACGACUCCUGAACCUGGUUUACUCGUUCGCUGCUUCGCCACGGGACUCCAAGACGAGCAGCCCUUGGUGCAACGGGGCUUUCUCGACCUUCUGGUCUCACAUCUGCCCCUUCAUGCACCGGUGCUUCAGACCCUUGUCUCGCCUAAUGAUUUGGACAUCCUUGUCGCCGCUGCCAUGUCAGUAGUCUUGCGGAGAGACAUGAGUCUCAAUCGUCGACUGUGGACUUGGUUCCUUGGUAAGGAAGAUAAGCGAGAAGGCUCAACAGACGUGGUAGCACAACCCACGGCCGAACCUACCACACCUACACAGCUCAAAUCAUAUUCGAGGGCCUCGGGGCAUGAUUACUUUGCCACCUUCGGGCUCAAUUCGGUCAUUCGGAGCCUCGACAGAAUGCUGCGUAUAGUGACCUUGUCCCCGGUCGACAGGGCCCGGCCCUUCCGCAUUAUGCUCUCGUUGAUGGAUCGCUGGGUCAUCGGAAAGCUGCCUGUGGAAGCCUUGUUUGUCCCGGCAAUGCAGGACUUGCAGAGAUAUCAGGCGACUGCCCCUUCACAGUCCUCUUUUGACGAGGUCUACCGGAGUGCUAAUGUCUUCUUUGCUGCCAUCGAGCCUCAGCUGAUCACUAGCCAGCUAUUUCGGCUUCUCGUGCAGGGUGACUUGGAGCUCAUUGAGUUCAUUUUGGCGAAUUUCAACCUCCAAGAAGAAGAAAUGACCACCAUACACUUGCCCAUGUUCUGUUUAGCGAUUUCAGAAACCCUACUUCGAGAAGAACAUUCCGAGCUCCUGAGACGAGACCCAGCCCAGUCACUGCGCAUAGCGAAACUGCUAGAGGUACUUACAAGCUUGUUACCUCCCCAUACUGCCAGCAACCCUGCACCCUCGUCUGGAAGCAUUGAAAAGGCGGGUUGGCUCCCAAGACUCAAGGGCUUAUAUGAGCAUUCUUCAUACGUCAAGAAGGCAAUUUUCGAGACGAUCCCGCCGGCCAUGGCUGCUGAGAUUUUACUUCGCAACAUCGCGAUAAUUAUCUUAGAGUGCCUGAGCCAUCCAAACGACCAAGACUUGCUUGGGCCUCUGACAAAUAGUUUUACCAAAGCCAUGUCCAGGACUAGCAGUUUCGAGUCACUGCGCGAGCUCGGAUUUGGCGAGCGACUACAUCAUCUACUCAAGGCUUCACGGCAUGGCUCACGCCCCAAGUACGAGUCAACCAAGACGGUAGCGAGAAUAGUGGACACGCUCCAAGCCUUUGGCCCUAGCGAGGAGACUUUGACCGAGACACAUUUACUACAGCUCAUCCCAGAGCUCGUCUCUCAGCUGUGGAGGCUGCUUCUGCCGUCUACACCCCAGUUCCAUGUAGAAGCUGUGGAGCAGAUAUGGAACCUUCGGAUGCUAUCCCACGAUUUGCUGCUUGUGGAUAGCAAGAUUGCGGAGCUCAUGUGCGAAGACGAUAUUUCUGCAGCACGGUUAGAAGAUCGAAUGGCGCGAUUUUCUAGUCUAUGGGCGCAUACUCGUUUUCCCGACAUCACUAUCGAACUCUUCUCGUCGGCGGAAGGUAUUCAAGAGGAUGAGGUCCCCUGGGCUACGCUACGGCAACCAGUCCUAGCCAUUAUCGACAGUGUCGACGCUUCUCAAGCCGGUGAUCGGCGACGAAUGUGGAUAAACAACCUACCUUCAAUCGGGCCCAUCUUCAGAAUCAUAUAUGCAGAGUCAUCCCGUUCUUUGGACAGCCAGACUUCCCUGCUCGGUCUGCACAGACUCCGAAAGGUCGUGGCUCUGGCAAAACAAUCCGCUGCUCAGCGAAAUGAAUUUUUCGGAGAGGCAGGCUUUUCUGGCCUGGUGCUGGAUAUCUGCACAGAAUAUAUUUCCUCGGGGCAUUCCGCACAAGAGAUCUUCACAACGACUCUCUCUAUCCUAUGCCUGAUCUUAGAAGAAGUCGAAAUACGUGGAGAGCACACCUUGAUCCGUCUUUUGAUGCAACUGUUGUCUCAGGUAGUGCAGGAUAGCCCGGCCCAGGAAGAGAUACUGGACGUGUUGCAGAUUAUAUUCUCGAAACCGAACAUUGGCAGUCCACCAGGCGACCUCAUCCAGGUCCUGAUCUCUGGCAUUUCGUCUAGCGGUAUCGACUCGACCAUCGACAAAUGGGUUACACUUCUGUGCAAUACCAUCCCGUUGUACUCGACCCAGAAUCUCUUUGCAAACUUGCUCAGACUGACAGCUUGUUUCUGCGACCGGAUCAAGGACUACUUCGCGCUAAUGCGACGACUUUACGACAGACCUGAGGCCGCGGCCCAAAUCAACGGGGCUAAGGCUACCGCGGCAGCAAAGCACCCCGAAAGGUCGAUCAACAAUCUACUUGCAGGACUUGAGUACGUCCUAGCCAGGGCGCAUACACAUCUGGUAGACCAGGUCUCCGGAGCCGACGAAUCCAAUCUUAGCGGUGCGGAGAAGACGCAGUUGCGAUCGAUUGCGAACAACCGAUUGACGGUGAUCCUCUGUAUGCAGGAUACAAUCAGACUCUGUGGCCAGAUCUGGGUUUGGCGAAUAUCGAAGAGGACGCUGAACAGCGCUUCUGUUGGCAAGUCAUUUGCAUACAUCUCUUCACGGUUACGGACGCGAACUCGCCGGAUCCUGGAGCAUUUGACGGACGCCGAACCACAAGAAUGCCUGGAGACCCUCAUGGGGAUGUGGGUUGAUGCUACACGAAGAGACUCUGAACAGGACGUCACCUUGAAUCUCAUGCAAAGUCUCGAUGGAGCACGGCCUAAGUUCAUGAUGCCUGCCACCUUUAAUGCUGUUUACAAUCGUACGAAUCCUUCGGCUCUGGAUCAGUCUCAGAAGUCAAGCUUGUCGGUGGACGUCAGUGCGCUGGAGCUGAUGGCGUUCCUGAUAGCAUACACAUCCGCCCUCGAGGAUGACUUGCUAGAGGAGAUUUGGACAGACUGCACGGCGUUCUUGCGGGAGGUCCUUGCAAAUCCCAUGCCACACCGCCAGAUUCUGCUGAAGCUCUUAGAAUUCGUGGCGGUCCUAUGCCAGAAGAUGGAGAAUACCAAUUUCGGAGAGGUGUUGAAGAUGCGACGAGAAUUAGGUGACCUAUGUGCCAGGUUGUUCACGGCCAUCUUCACAAUCCGUCCCGCGGGGCUCGACUCGACGUCUCAGGCCAUCCCGGAGCAUAUAAGUACCAAAGCAAUGACAGAUAUGCGUCCAAGAAACCCGUUGGAAGCUGGCAGUGCUAUCCAGGUCCUUUGCGAGGCGCUCCCGACCAUCAGCAAUGCCCUUGGAGAUCAUGACAGGCUGUCGGCGAACCUGUCGGGAAUCGCAACCCAUGUCGUUGGUCCGGCUCUGCGAUCAAAACAGUUUCCGCAGACAGUCAGUAUCAACCUCUUACAACUUGUCCUCCUCCUGGCCAAGUCCCAGCCGAACAACAAGAUAUGGAGGAAAGACGUCUCCGAUGCGAUGAAUGACAACAAAUUCUUCCAGUCACCGCCGACCCUGGCGGAGGCGGGUUGGCUGCCCGUCUUGAAACAGCUCUGGUUGACGGAUAAGAGCUUGAUGCCAGAGCUCGUGUCUAGGUUGAACCCCCCAACCACAGCAGGGAUUAUGUUCGGGGUGGGAGCCAAUGCCGCUCGAACGGAAGCUGACAGGAAGACACAGCUGAACCUGCGGCGAUUAGCUCUGCUGCUGUUGGCCGCCGAUGUGGAUGCUUUUGUGCCAGAUUUGAUCCAGAUCGUCCGCCGAGUCGAAGAGCUAUUAACGGCGACGUCGUCGUCCUCUCCGUCCUCUAGCACACGCGGAGACAUCUAUCUGGUCCUCCGGGCGAUAACCCUGACGUUCACCCAAACACAUCUCGUAUCCAUAUGGCCGAUCGUCGAUGUCGAGCUUCGAGACCUGUUUACAAGCAUGCAACAAACGGGCGAACCGACCUAUACAAGCUUUUCGCAACUACAAGGAGCAAAACUACUGGAUCUGCUCCUUCUCUUGAAGCCUGAAGAGUUCCAGUUGCACGAAUGGCUGUUUGUGACGGACACGGUCGACGCGGUUUAUCCGCCUCAGGACUUCAAGUCCACGGCGAUUUCGGAUCAAAUGGUGAACAAGGGCAGCCGCGACAUUGAGCUGCCGACGGCCCCUGAGAGAGAGGCCAGGAAACCGUGGCUGUGUACAGACAUGACGAGGACCGCAGAAGAUCCACAGACGCUGUUGCGGCCUUUCUUCCGGCAGUUGAGCAUCCACGCUUUUGAAGAUACAUACAGCCUUCAAGCAGCAGACCUCGAGGCGUGCCGGAAGGACCUGCUGGCAGAUUUGUUUCUAGACUAG